AUGUCGCGUUUCAUCGAACAUGAUCCAACAAGCAAUGAAUUAACACCUUUGGAUGGAUAUUUGUUGAAACCGUUGGUAUCACUGGAAGAAUCAUUGAAAGAAAUCCUUCCUCAGAUAGAUCAAUUGGAACAAUUGAUAAAAACUGCCAUAGAAAACUGUCGCUAUCCAAACAAACACAAUUUAACCAAAGAUGAAUCUGCUGCUCUUUAUUUAUAUUCGAUAGAAUGUGGUACUGGAAGUUUUUAUCGGAUAUUCAACCAAGCUCUUCGUUCAGAGAAUCGUUCAGCUCUUGUGCCAUGGUUUUCUUUCCUGAAAUUAUUUCACACUGCCUUGAACAAACUCCCCGUGGUUAAAGGAAAUAUCUGGCGCGGUCUUCGUGAAGAUGUCAGCAAUAUGUAUUAUACCGGGUUGGAAUUAACUUGGUGGAGUGUCAAUUCAUGUUCGUUAUCGAUCAACAUUAUCAAACAUUUUCUCGGUCCAACCAGUACGUUGUUUUUGAUUGAAGCUGAAAACGGACGAAAUAUGUCGGGAUAUACCAAAUUCGAAAAUGAGAAUGAAGUUAUUCUACCACCAGGUACCCGUCUUCGAGUUGUAAGCAAUGCACUUGAUCAUGAUGGAGGCCUUCAUGUGAUUCACACAAUGGAAAUAACCGAGAAUAAAUUCGCUCGUCAUCAGGUGUUACAUGCAUUGAAGAAGAACAAGUUCUUGAUGAUAUGUGGGUUGACAAUGAUGGCUAUUGUGAUUAUUUUAGCGUGUCUUGGAGGACUUGGAUAUUUUAAUGAGAAACAAGUGAAAAACAAAACUGAUAAUUUUGCUGAUCCUGGGUGGGAUCAAAAUUCAACUCAAACGGGAAAGUCAAUCUUUUGCCAUCAAUGGGGAGUUGUUCGUUCGUGUGCGAGACAAAACUGUACUCAAAUCAACGAAGUACAUCGUAAUAACCCUUAUAUAUCUGAUUGUUACACGUUUGGAGACACAAUGGUUGAUGGUCCAAAUCACACGAAUAAAUGGUUUCGGUUGAAUUCGUCCUAUCAUACUGAUGGUUACGUCAGUGGUUUGCAUUGCUCGGGCAGUGUUGGACCGUGUGAAUCGAUCCAGUAG